AUGGAAGAAACUUACAUCGAUUCCCUGGACCCUGAAAAGCUAUUACAAUGUCCCUAUGACAAAAACCACCAGAUCAGGGCCUGCAGGUUUCCUUAUCAUCUUAUCAAGUGCAAAAAGAAUCAUCCUGAUGUCGCAAACAAAUUGGCUACUUGUCCCUUCAAUGCUCGCCAUCAGGUUCCUCGGACCGAAAUCAGUCAUCAUAUCUCAAGCUGUGAUGACAAAAGUUGUAUAGAGCAAGAUGUUGUCAACCAAACUAGAAACUUUGGACAGGAGACUCUGGCUGAGAGCACAUGGCAGUGCCCUCCUUGCGAUGAAGACUGGGAUAAAGAUUUGUGGGAACAGACGAGCACCCCAUUUGUCUGGGGCGCAGCCAAAUACUGUGGCAAGAACAGCCCUGCAAGCAACCUAGUUAUGGAACAUAAGAGUAACCUAGCUUCAGGCAUGCGCGUUCCCAAGUCUCUGCCGUAUGUUCUGCCAUGGAAGAACAGUAAGUGA